AUGACGACGGUGCUAGUCAAUCCCCGCGAUCAGCCGUCGCACCAAUUUGCUCGCGACUCCGUCCAGUCGCCGACGGUGCAGCGCUACUUUCUGGGCGACCACGGCGUGCCGCCCAAAUCUUCCCCAAUGCAACUCGCAUACUCGCCGCGAGAGUGUCCCAGUCCGGUGCCCUCGUCGACUCUCUCCUCCCUCCCUGCGUCACCCAACUUCAUCGCCUCCGCCCAGGAUCCCCUUGCAUACACCCCCACCACCCUGAGCAGUCUCUCCCUCGCCGACGAUCACGAGGACUUGAUCCUCCCCGCAUAUGAUACCGAGCUCCACAAGUUGCCCAAACCCCUCGAGAGCGACCGUGACCGCGAUCAGGAUACGGUGAGCGAUGCGUCGGCGGAUGGCGCGUCCCAAACGCCCACGUGGUCGUGCCAGACACCCGCGGCAGACGACACCUCGGUAGAGGAGGAGCCCUCCCGGCACGUGGAUUAUCUAUCGCACGAGUGGCGGGAGGAAGAUAUCUGGGCGUCCUGGCGCUAUGUCACCGCUCGAAAGGAGUCGUAUAGUAACGGGGUUCGAUUGGAGAAUGCGUCGUGGAGGACGUGGGCCAAGGCGAAGCACAAUCUAGGGACCGUUUCCCCGGAGGCAUUGAAUUGGCUCAAGGAUUGCGAUGUCACAUUGCUCUAUGGACCCCUCAAGACGUCUUCGUUUCGGGACGUCAUGACCCUCAACGCAUCGCCUCCACCCAGUCGACUCGAAACGCCCAGCUCCUACCUCGAGCCCAAACCCAUCCUCAAGAAAAAGACCAUGUCCGAGACGAUUCUGCAACGGUCGCUUUCGCAGCACGUACUUCUACAACACGCGGGGGCCAUUCUUAAGGCGCAAGAGGCCGGAAAUAAUUGGACCCGACCCUCGUUUCCACGAUCCAAUACCGAUCUGGACCAUCUCGCUCACCGCACCGGCAGUUCUACCUACUCACUGGGCGGCACGGUGACGACCUCGUCCUGGUCGGGUAUGACCUCCCCCAGUGAACGACGACACAUCCAUUUCAACAAUGAAGUGGAGCAGUGCAUCGCCGUGGAGAUCAAGGAUGUCGACGAUGAUGAGCGCUGGCCACCGGCAUUCGAGGAAGAGUCAUCUUCGGAUGAUAGCGUCGUCAUGAUGCGACAAAUCCCCAGCGGUGUCCCCCUCAGCAGCUGCAGCACACCUCGCAACAGUUUUAGCAGUGAUAGUAAGACAAUUGCGCCUCUCCCUUCUACCACCCUCAAAUAUCGCGGCGACACCCCCGAACCUCGAGAGUCACUAUUCAGUCGCUGGUCCACGUCGACUUCAUCAUCUCCUUCAUCUUGCUCUGUCUCCCCCUCCCCAUCUGCCUCCUCUCCCUUCGCCGCCGCAGCUUCUCCAUCUUCCUCUCCGUCCGCCAAAUUAUCCCCCACUCCCUCAGUCGCCACUCUGCGACCUCCCCAACCAUCGGCCAACUUCCUCUUGGACGACGACGAUGAAGACCCGUCUUUGGAUUUUACGGGUCAAUAUCUGCAACGCGACCAGCCCUGGUUUGCCGCCGAGGAUGAAGAGGAUCGGCCCGACCGACCCCUGCAUCUCACCUCUUCGGGCAUGUUCAUGCCGUAUGGUGACAAUGAAGGGGAGUCUGCCAAUCCCGGCAUCCUCGGCCGUGUGGUUGAUACCGUCAAUACCGCUCGUGACAUUGCCCAUGUGAUCUGGAACGUGGGCUGGCGUCGGUGA